UUCGGUCGCCAUGAGCACCGAAGAGGAGAUCAUUCGCAUCGCUAAGAAAAUGGACAAGAUGGUGCAAAAGAAGAACGCGGCUGGGGCUCUUGAUUUACUCAAAGAACUGAAGAAUAUGCCUAUGACAUUGGAGUUGCUACAGUCUACAAGAAUUGGAAUGUCAGUGAAUGCAAUACGCAAGCAAAGCACAGAUGAAGAAGUUACAUCUUUAGCAAAAUCUCUUAUUAAAUCAUGGAAGAAGUUAUUAGAUGGACCAUCAAAUGAUAAAGAUUCUGAAGAAAAGAGAAAGGAAACAGCAUCUUCAUCACAAAAUAGUCCCGAAGCAAGAGAAGAAAGCAGUUCCAGUAGCAACUCAAACAACAAGAGAGAUGAAGCAAAUGCUUCCUCAGACACCUUUAUCUCUUCCUUUCCUCGGGCUCCAAGUACAUCUGAUUCUGUACGAAUGAAAUGCAGAGAAAUGUUGGCAGCAGCUCUUCGAACAGGAGGUGAUUACAUUGCAAUUGGCGCAGAUGAGGAAGAGCUAGGUUCUCAGAUUGAAGAAGCUGUAUUUCAGGAGCUAAAAAACACUGACAUGAAGUACAAAAAUAGGGUGCGUAGCAGGAUAGCAAAUCUUAAGGACACAAAGAACCCUAAUCUAAGGAAAAAUGUUUUAUGUGGCAAUAUAACCCCUGACAGGUUUGCCAAAAUGACAGCUGAGGAAAUGGCAAGUGAUGAACUAAAAGAGAUGCGGAAAAAUCUAACAAAAGAAGCUAUAAGAGAGCAUCAGAUGGCUAAAACUGGAGGCACCCAGACUGAUCUGUUUACAUGUGGUAAAUGUAAAAAGAAGAACUGCACUUAUACACAGGUUCAAACCCGAAGUGCUGAUGAACCUAUGACAACAUUUGUUGUGUGUAAUGAAUGUGGAAACAGAUGGAAGUUCUGCUAGAAGAAGAAAUUGUUGACAUCUGGACCAGUAUGAAAAGAGGAUUUUAUAAUUAGCUUUAAGAACUAGGUCGAGCAUCUAGUUUCCUGCAAAAGGCUUCCCCCCCACACACACACACUUCUUUUAAACAGACAUCUUUAAAGUUAGAUUUUGUUUUUGAUGCUGCCAUCCCUGUAGUGAAUAGUCAGCAGAGUCAAGAUGCUCUAUUGUAUGGUGUAAUUUCAAAGAAGGUUUUUUUUUUUCAUUUUUAUAAGCAAGUCUACAUUAAACUUUUAUCAAUGACAUUUGGGUAACUGCUUUUUUUUAACUUUGUGAACAAAGCACUGUAUGUCUUUGCACUCAGCAUAUCUAACUGAAAUGUUUUCUUAUAGAAUGGUGUUCACAAUAGCAUACUCCUAUUGAACCAUUUUGGUAUGUUAGGGCAAAUAGUUUCGCUUUAUACUAUGUAUAAUGUAAUAUCUCAAUGACAAUUGGUGUAGGUGGCCUGGUUGUAUAAACUAUUUCUGCACUGGCCCUUGAAUACUAAAUAAUGAAAUCUGAUGUUUUGUAACACAAGCCCCCUAUUUCAGGACCUGGCAAAGUUUGAUUAUGUAACUUGCAUUGAUCUGUCCAAUUUAUUGUGCAGCUCUAAAGCAUGUGUGCUAUUUUUUUGUCCUUAAUUCUGAAGAAAUUCCUGCGUGGUUAGUUUGAGCUUACAGCUUUGUUUCCUUUAUAUGCUUGAUGCCAUCAUUAUUUUAGACUUUGUAAAUGAACAAAGAUGCUGAGUGGCAUAUUGCCUAGGAGAUUUAAAACUAAUAUUUUUCCAUUUAUAUAGAUAUUGGUUCCUGUGAACUGUUGAUGACUAUCACUUUUUACAUGUAGAUCACUGACUGCCAGACCCGCAAGGUCAGAAAUAAAAUUAUGGUAAUUCAC